AUGCCUGCCGAACUCGAAAGAAAGCCACUGGGAGCCGUGUCGCAGUCGCGGAUAAACCAGCUAAAGGGCCGCACUCACGGCAAAGUCGGGAAGCCUGCGGCGACGACGAAGCUCCCGUCGAUUAUGUCGAUCAUACACCAGGAGACAAGUGCUGACACGCACGCGCCUGAAACUAACACACGCGGAAGCGAGCUGGCCAGGCCGUCCAAGUCCGCGCCGGAGUGCGACUUCGACCUCAUCUCGGAGAAGCUGCGAAUCCGCAUGCAACUGGCACACUACAAGUUCAAGACCAAGCAGGGCCACCUCAAGUUCCGUCAGCUACAGCCCGCGGUCCCCGCGGUAACUCUGUCGGCGCCAGCCGAAGGGCCUCGGGACGCGUCGUCCGGCACGACGUCGCCUCUGAGUUCAUCCCAGCGGCGCUCCAAGCCCUCGCGGAGACUUGUGGGAUCCCAGGGCGCGCUACGCACACCAGUAAAGCCACGCACGCUCUCCUCACACGCUCUGGCCCCCCGGGCUGCAGCCGAGUCCGGCCAGAACACACCGAUGUCCGUUGAGGCCGCGCGCUCGCUUAUAGACCUGUUCACAAGUCAGCAUUAG